GCCGGCUCUCGACUCAGCCGAGCAGAUGGCUUCUCGGGAUCUGCGGGCCGAGCUGGACUUUCUUCUCCUGCAGCUCCUCGGAGACCUGGAGCAACUGGAGGCGAAGCGGCAGGCGCUAAACGGCCGGGUGGAGGAGGGCUGGCUCUCGCUCUCCAAAGCGCGCUAUGCCAUGGGUGCCAAGUCAGUAGGGCCCCUGCAGUAUGCCUCCCACAUGGAGCCCCAGGUCCGCGUCUGCACCAGGUCAGGAGCCUUGCAUGCUGCAGCGGGUGGGCGGGCAGAGGCCCGGCUAGGGCCGCCAAAGGUCCAAUCUCUCUUCUCGUUCUGUAGCGAGGCUCAGGACGGACUCCAGAAGUUCUGGAUGGUGAGAGCCGGGACCCAGACUCCAGAGGAGGUGGGGUCCCGCGAGGCAGCCUUUCUUUCUUCAGCUCUGCGCAGGCGCAAGGGUCUCCCAAGGACCCCAGAGCCAGACUCCUCCCCAGCUCCCCAGAACCCUUUGAAAUGGUUUGGAAUCCUGGUUCCUCACAGUCUUCGACAAGCUCAAGCCAGCUUCCGGGAGGGUCUGCAGCUGGCUGCAGACAUGGCCAGUCUUCAGAGCCGCAUCAACUGGGGUCGAAGCCAGCUCAAGGAACUCCAGGAGAAACUCAAGCAGCUAGAACCCAGGGCUCCCUGACCUGUCCCCACAGAAGCAAAGCAGUGGGAACAGCUGUUCUUCGAUGUGGCUCCCUUAUCAGGCCUUCCUCCUUCACGGAUUGCCCACCACCCCAACUAACUCCUGCUCCUUAAUACUCUUCUGGUCUGCAUGUUUCCAGCUUUGUUAGGUGGGGAAGUCUGAAGAGGCAAACUGCAUAAUGUUCAGAGUUACUACUGUGAAACCACUUGUAAACUUACAUUGUUCCAGGACACAUCCAUGUGGAGCAGUCACAAAGUUGUUAGGUUAGUUCACAUCAUUGAACAAUAACAACCUCACACAUCAAUUAGCUGUGGUUUUUCAUUACUGGAUGAAAUACUACACAGCAAGUGGCAGGGAAGGACAAGAAGUAGGUGCUUCAGUUUCUCUAGAUCCUUAAAACUGAUUUUAAUGGAGUGGAAAAAACAUACAUAGCUACACAGAUCAGGACAGAAUGAUUCUGCACUGAUAGAAAAACACACAUACCUGAGUAGAUGCAGAAUGCUUAGCAGGUUUUAAGCCAGAAAGUAAAAAAGGAUCUGACCUAGAUUUUCAAGGGAACUCUUUCAAGAGAUCUUUCAGGUUUUUAAAAAACUGUUUUUGCCUUUCAAGUGUGAAUCUUUUAAUUUGUUGAGGGGCCAGAAACUGUGUCCGGGCUUCAUUUUUCUAUGGGCUUGUUGAUAUUUUUAGCAGUUUCUAGGUGCUUAUGGGGGAUGUUAGUUUUUUGUUCAUAAUAUGAGGUGUAUUUUUCCCAGUUUUUGUGUUUUAACGUUAUUUACUCUGGUGUUUUUUUAAGCUUUUUAUUGUAAAACACGUUACAUUAAACUGCACAGAACAGUUGAAUAGCUUAAUGAGUAAAGUGAAACCUCUCUCAGCUCUUGUGUGUUUAAAUCAAGUUUCUUAGAACAGUUGAAAUUAUCAGGUAGCUAUUUUAUGAUUUCUGGCUUUGAGAUUGCAGUUGACGGGAUAAUAAGGGAAUUCUCCAGUGUUUUCCUCAAGAACUUUUGUAUUCAAGUGAAGUAUGGGGUAAGGCCUGCACUCAGCUUCCUCUUUUCUACCAUAGUUCACAUACAGUGGACCAUCCUUAGCACUGAUUUGAAAUGCCCCUCUUUUCUUUCAAUUAAUCCCAGUGUUGUAUACCCCUACCAUAUUUUGGCAUUUCCAUUUUUUUCAUUGAUCUUAAUGUAAGUUAAGACACAAGUACCACAGUGUUUUAAUUCUUGAGCCUUUAAUAAAUAUAUACUUUAAUCGC